CUAUGUCUUUGAUUGAUACCUAGGACUCUACUGAUCCCUACUGCGCAUCCACAGAAAUGGCUUAGCCAAGGGCCAAGGGCUGCGUUCCACUUAACGCUCGCAAUGCUCGCGAGCAUCGUUUGUCCUUGUUUAACAUUUGAUAAACGACAAGGAUGAAAUGAUUCCACGAGCGUUAUGAGCGUUAAGUGGAACACAGCCCUUGUCGGUGCGUUUUUCCCGGGUUUUCCGCCACGGCAUCAGCCGAUUGUUGUGACUGUACGACAUCAGAAGAUGAAUAGCAAUAACGACGAAGUUCUUCACUGCCCUUACAACAACCAUCAUCGUAUAGCCAGUUCGAAAUUUCAGCGACACCUUGUAAAAUGUGAAAAGAAUUUCCCUCCCGAUUACAAGGUUAUCUGCCCAUACAAUGCAACUCAUCGUUUGAAUAAAAGUGAGAUUGAAGAACACAUUAAUACAUGUCCUAUGAGAAGGACUGUCGAAGGAAGUUAUAUUCAGUCGCCAACAAUUCCUGGGAUGAUAAGAGCAGAACAAAACGAUUCUACAAGUCAAAUUUAUUAUAAUAGCUACUGUGGAAGUUAAGAAGAAAUAUAAGAAUGAAAAAGUCCUGUAAGCUCCAUAAUAAUAAUUAAAUUCAUGAAUCAGAAGAAAAAUAUGAAACUAUUUGUUAGGACGUCAGUCAACACAAGUUGCAACAAUAAUGUCUAGUUACAAUAUAUCUAGCUUGAAUUUUUCGGUAACAAAUCACAGACAGAAUCUAGAUUAUACAAAUAGAAUAUGAUUAUACAAAUGGAGUGAUUGCAUAGAAAAAAGAAAAAAUUUAAAAAAAAAA